AUGCAGGUGUGCGUGCUUGGCUUGGGAGCUUACACUUCUGUGAAGACUCUUCAGAAUUCAAAUUACGCUCUCGCUUUCGGAUGGGGGUGGCGACACGUUUGUGGAACGCGUUUCUUUAUACUACGUACGUUGUUUACAGUGGUGAACGCUCUUUUCUACGAGUUGAACAUGGAUCUCAUUACGUUUUACUACUACGUCUUGGAGCAGGCCGGUGUGUAUAAAGGAAGCCAACGAAAUUUUGAAAAUGAAUUGAAAGAUAUGGCCAUGAACAGGGCACAGAGAAACCAUCUGUCGAACCGUCUCAAAGGAGUUCGUGUAAAAACCGACAAGGCGAUUGUGUACGACAGGAACGGUCGGGUUUCCAUGUCGGAGCGCCAUGGUAAAUUUGAAAAGGUUCUCGAUUGCCCUCCAACUCGUUAUAAAAUGAAUGAUGGGAAGUUUAUGGCCGAAGUAUACCACCAUUGCCGAUGGCCACUUCGGUAA